CAGCCCUUCCUUCUUGGAAGUUGUUGACUUCACAAUACCUCUUACUUCUCGCCUUCCUUCCUACAGGCUUUGCCGCCUUAGUGGCUACCUCGUGGUAUGGCAACCUUGUGGCACAGGACUUUUUCAACCCCUACACCCCAGUCAACACCAGGUUCGAAUUCGGCCAGGCGCUCUUCAUCGGCUGGGCGGCCUCCUCCCUGAGCAUCUUGGGCGGUGCCUUCCUCUGCUGCGGAUGCCCCCGGCAAGAGAUCUCCUACCCCCCGACUCGGCCGUACCCCAAGAGUGUCCCUUCCACCGGGAAGGAUUACGUAUAAAAGGACGGGGAAGGGUGACCUGAAACGCCGGCAUCGGACGACCCCGAGGGACGCUGCUUUCCUCCUGCCCUGCGCUGAGCGGCGCAAGCUUGCUUUGGCACAUCACCUUUGCCCACUGCCCCAUAAGUGAACUGGGCCUCUUUGCAUCCCUGCCCCCAUCCCUGCUCUCAUUUCCUCCGAUAGGAAAAGCGAGGAAAGGAUUUGUCCUGAAAUCGCACACCGCAGGCGUAGGGAACACCACCUCCCCUCAGUGAGAGGGCCGACGAGGUAGCCAUUUCCUUUUCGGACCCUUCCGUCUCCCCUUCUUCCUUCUCUUUGAAACCUUACCAUAGAUUUCUCUCCAAGAGCCAGGAGAGCGGCAGGCAUCAAAGCAGACGGAGGGGCCAAACUCCCAGGGAAAAGUCUCCGCGAAGAACUUACAAGGAGUCCCCGGUGUCCGGGCUCCAACAAAUCCGGCCCCAUUCAAAUCCUCAGUCUCUAGCCGCAUCUCUCAGAGU